CAUCACCCGCUGUCCCCAUCCCAGCGUCCCCAUCUCCAGAUGUCCCCACCUCCCGGUGUCCCCAGUUCUGGUGCCGCGAUCCCCAGCUCCUCUCUUCACUUUCAUUCUCGCAUUUCCCUCUACUCACUUCCGGACCGGGACACGGCGAUACCCGGUAACGACACCCGAUUACACGGCGAUACCCGGUAACGGGGCGAGGCGAUGCGAUGCCUGGGGCGGUGCCGGUGCCCGGGGCGGAGGCUACGGGGCGAGGCGGAGCCGUCGGUCAGCGCAUUCGGUGCCCCCCAUGGGAGACAACGGAUGCCCAUGGCUCUGGGGCCGGACUUGCUGCUGGUCGCCGGUUCUUUCGCCGCUUUCCGCUUGUUGAACCGCGGGGUGGAGCGGUUGAUGCCCCCGCCGCCCUCGGCUCGGCGGAACCGCUGGAAGUGGCGGAACAUCUGGACGUCGCUGGCACACAGCGUGCUGAGCGGCGGCGGGGCGCUGGUGGGGUGAGCAGCCGGGAUCUGACAGCGAGGGACCGCGAUGGGAACGUAGGGCCGAGGGGACAACGAGGGAGGUUCUGUCUCUACCCUGGGCUGCACGAGGAUCUGGUGGGCACACAUCCACCUGGGGCACACAGCCUGGUGGCCGUGUCUGUAGGUUAUUUCCUAGAAGACUUUGUGGACAUGCUAUGCAAUCAGAAACUCCACCAGUCCUGGGAGCUGCUCUUCCAUCACUCCGUGGUGAUUGUCUGCUUUGGCAUUGCAGUGCUGCUCCAUCAGUACGUGGGUUUUGCCCUCGUGGCCUUACUGGUGGAGAUUAACUCCAUCUUCCUCCACCUGCGCCAAAUCCUGCUCAUGGCCGACCUGGUGCACACCGCCUGCUACCGCCUCAACAGCAUCAUCAACCUGGGCACCUACGUGGUGUUCCGCAUUGCCACGCUGGCCUGGAUGACACAUUGGCUGUUCCUCAACCGGCAGCACGUGCCCCUGGCCACAUACACUGUGGGCACAGUUGGCAUGGCAAUCAUGACCCCCAUGAACAUCAUCCUCUUCUAUCGCCUGCUACGUAGUGAUUUCUUCAAGUCCAGCCGGGACACGCGCAGGGAGAAGGAGAAAUAGCAUGGAGCAGCUAUGAGCUCAUGGAGGACAGCAAAGAGCUGGUGGGGAAUAAGAAUGGCUAUUUCAGUGUUGCUUGGACUUAAGGUUGUGGAUCCUGGGCAGAGAAGGUGCUGGUGGACCAGGCGCUGGGGCUCUGCUCUCCAGCACCUUUGGAUGAUGUGGUCGAACAACCAGGAGCUGCUCAGAGAAGCUCUGAAGGCUCUAACAGCGCUGAGACACCACUGAGAAGGGAGCAGGGAGAAGAGCAUUGUUUCCCCAUCGCUUUUCUGGAUAUGCAAACACCACUGUGAGUUUCUAACCUCUUAGGUGCUGCACCCUGCAGGGUCCUAUUGCCUAAGGGACUCUGUGCUACCUCCAGCACUUCCCAUGGGAAAGCACCAGGCAAGAGAAGCUCCAAGGCUUUGCCCUUGAGGCCAGGGCUGGUAAAAGCCAAAUCCUGCACCCAUCCCUGAUGAGAUUGUGCCAGGUGAGAGAUGAAGGCUUGGACUUGUCCUUGUCAGAUGCUGCUGGCGCUGGACUAGGGACAGUGGGAGCCAUAGUGCCAUACUUGGGGACUGCUGCUAACUUCAGACAACUGGAGAUUUUCUAGUGUUGUUUUCUUCCCAGAUCUAUUAAGUCCCCAUAAAUGAGUGUGGGAAUGUGUGAGCUGCAGACCAGGAUGGUGUGUGAUAGUUGUUUCCCGUGGAUGUUUUCAGAUGGGCCAGAUAUGGGCAUCUAUGAGGAACCAGAAGUCCUGCUGCAGAGCCCGGUGUAAUGCUCUCAAGCAGCAGCAAGAGCUCUUACUAACACAGGCUUUCAAUAAAUAGCAAAUGAAAGA